UUUUUUUUUUUUUUAAUGAACUCAGGCUAUUCUGAUACUGCCAAAUUGAAGGAAGCAGCACAAGAUGUUCAACGCCUAUCUCUUGAUGAGUUAAAGAGGCAUCAAUUGGAAAUAAAGGUUUUAAUUGAAUUCUUAUCCUUUAUGGCCCUUACCUUGGUCUUGCCGCCGGAGAAGGAGAAGGAGGACGUCACUCGCAGGCAGAAGCUUCGAGGGUUCAGUUUUACUGCCGAAGAAGGAGAAAGGACGUCACUGACUCACUCGCAGGCGGAAGGCUUCAAGGGUUCACUGCCGGAGAAGGAGAAGGACAUCGACGUCACUCGUAGGCCGCAGGCGGAAGGCUUCGAGGAUUCACUGCAGGAGAAGGAGAAGGAGGUCACUCGCAAUCACAGGCGGAAGGCUUCGACUUUUAAGGGUUUUCGAGGGUUCACUGUUAUUCAAUUUGAGAAAUUGAUAGUUGAGAGUCUUGAGACAACUAGUCGAUUGGGCCUGCGCCUUGAUUUCAGAAGUUUUUUACCCUGGGGAUUUGGAAGGAAAAGAGGAGGAAACUUGUUUAUUCUAUUUCUAUUUCGUGAGCAAAUGUUGUCUGCUUUUGAUUUCCCUGGUAAUGUGCUUUUAUGUUUAUUAGAUCUGAGCAAACUUGGGGGCCUGGCAGUGGUGAUUCUAGAGCUUGAUAACUCUAACCUGGAGAUAAGGAGCACUUCUGCAUGGAUUAUUGGAAAAGCCAGUCAAAACAACCCAGUUGUCCAGAAGCAGAUUUUAGAGCUUGGUGCACUGAAGAAACUAAUGGGGAUGGUGAAAUCCAGUUCUGAGGAAGAGGCAGCAAAAGCCUUAUAUGCUGUGUCAGCAUUAAUCAGGGGAAAUUUAGAUGGGCAGGAACUGUUCUAUGCGGAAGGUGGAGAUUUGAUUCUACAGGACAUAAUGAGAAACUCCAGCAUUGAUAUCAGACUUCGUAGGAAAUCUGUUUCUCUUUUAGCAGAUUUGGUGGACUUUCAGUUAGCAAAUGCGAAUAAACAAGAGCUUCCUUUCUUGUCCAAUCCUUUCUUCUUGAAAAAUGUGGUUGAUCUGAUGAGCUCGAGGGACCUUGAUCUGCAGGAAAAGGCAUUAAUGGCAAUUAAGAGUCUCCUACAGCUCAGAACAACUGAAGCUCUAGUUCUCAAAGACUUCUGUGGUCUGGAUGGGGCGCUUGAGAGGAUGCGAGAGCAUUUUCAGCAAUUACUAUCAGAGGAAUAUGAGAGAGAUUUUGUAAGGGACCUGGAAAGCCUCCAUGGAGAAGUGAAGGCAAUUUUCCAUAGCAACCUAGAAAAAGGUAACAUGGGUGCCAAAUUCCAGGAACACUAGCAGUUUUUGAUGCAUGCAAGUCCUAUCGUACUUCAGUUAUAGCACUUUUUUUGAUCUGGUGGGCCAGUGGACUUGGAUCUCCCUGUUAAACUUCUAUCCUGUUAUGUUAUUCGUCUGGAGGAAACAGCGGUUAGGUCAUCAUUCUGGAGUAUGGAAUUUUCAAUCUACAGAAAAAACUGCUACAAUUGGAAGUCUCUCAAUUGUAUGUUCACUUUUGUCCUUCGGUGAAUGCUUUAAUAGACUUUAACUACUGCUAUGUCGCUGUCUGGGUCUGUUUGUGAGCAAUGAAUGUAUUCAAGGGAAAAAAAAGAGGGCAAAGUAAUGGAAUGAAGCUACAAAGAUGUUAAAAGAAA